GCGGCGGCCGUUCCUCCGGCCUGAGGCGGGGAGGGAGGGUUUGUGUGGGGCGGAGGGUUUGUGUGGGGCGGAGGGUUUGUGUGGGGUCGCGCCCGCCCGCCAGCCUGAGGGAAGGGUAGAGUGGAGCGGCGCAGGAUGGCCGUGCCGUGAGGAUCCCGCACAGACGGAGCAGGCUGGAUGCCCACAGGGAGCUGGACACUGUCACAGGCUGCCCGGACACUCUGCAGGAACACAGGACUUUUCUCCCUCUAUAGACAGGUCUCUUUGCCCAGAUCCUGCCUUUGUCACAUCAGCCUCCCCACGGCCAGCCCCAGCUCCUGGCACCAGCUGCUGUUACGCCGUGUAUCUCCCCAGGCUGCAGGCAGAAAUCAGAGGGGUGGUGCUGGGCUUUUCCACCUUUCCCUGCACCCAGCCUGCACGGCUGCAGAGGACAUGGCAGAGCAGAGGUACUGUGUGGACUAUGCCAAGCGGGGCACAGCAGGCUGCAAGAAGUGCAAGGAGAAGAUUGUGAAGGGGAUGGUGCGCAUUGGGAAGAUUGUUCCGAAUCCUUUCACGGAGUCUGGUGGGGACAUGAAGGAGUGGUACCAUGUGAAGUGCAUCUUCGAGAAGCUAGAGAAGGCCAGGGCCACCACCAAGAAAAUCGAAGACAUCACAGACUUGGAAGGAUGGGAAGAGCUACAAGAUGGGGAGAAAGAAUUAAUCAACAAGCACAUCUCAGAAGCUAAUUCCAAGGCUGGAAGUACACCCAAGAAAAAAGUGAUAGUCCAAGCUAAGCUUACUGCCACAGGACAACUAACCACAAAAGAUCCCUUAGCUCUCAUCAAUCCAUCACCAAAGAAGUUCUCUGGCUUCACAGCCAAGCCAAAGAAUUCAGAAGAUGUGUCUGCAAACUCUUCCCACAAGUCUAGCCUUUCUGCAAAAAGAUGUGAUCCGAAGCACAAGGACUGCUUGCUGCGGGAGUUCAGGAAGCUCUGCGCCAUGGUUGCUGAGAAGCCCAGCUAUAAUGUGAAAACACAGAUCAUCCAGGAUUUUCUGAAGAAGGGAUCUGGAGGAGAUGGCUUCCAUGGGGAUGUGUACCUGACCAUUAAGCUGCUCUUACCAGGCGUCAUUAAAAUUGUUUACAACCUGAGCGAUAAGCAGAUUGUAAAGCUGUUUAGUAGGAUUUUUAACUGCAGCCAAGAAGAAAUGGUCCAGGACCUGGAACAGGGAGAUGUUUCCGAGACCGUACGCCUCUUCUUUGAACAGAGCAAGACUUGUCCUCCAGCAGCCAAAAGUCUCCUGACCAUCCAAGAGGUAGAUGAAUUCCUAAUCCAGCUAUCCAAGCUUACUAAGGAAGAUGACCAGCAAAGUGUGCUGCAAAAUAUCACUCGCAGAUGUACAGGCAAUGACCUGAAAUGCAUCAUCAGGCUCAUUAAGCAUGACUUGAAAAUGAACGCUGGAGCAAAGCACGUGUUGGAUGCUUUGGAUCCCAACGCUUACGAGGCCUUCAAAGCAUCCCGGAACCUGCAGGACGUGGUCGAGCGAGUGCUGAAGAACCAGCAGGAGGCUGAGAAGGAGCCGGGGCGGAAGCGCACGCUCAGCGUUCAGGCCUCUCUGAUGACCCCCGUGCAGCCCAUGCUGGCUGAAGCCUGUAAGUCAAUCGAGUAUGCCAUGAAGAAGUGCCCAAAUGGCAUGUAUGCAGAGAUCAAAUACGAUGGAGAGCGGGUGCAGGUCCAUAAAAAUGGAGAUCAUUUCAACUACUUCAGCAGAAGCCUCAAACCUGUCCUCCCACACAAAGUAGCUCAUUUUAAGGACUUCAUCCCCAAAGCUUUCCCUGGGGGGCAGAGUAUGAUCCUGGAUUCAGAAGUUCUUCUGAUUGACAACAAAACUGGCAAACCACUUCCUUUUGGGACUCUUGGUGUACACAAGAAAGCUGCUUUCCAGGAUGCCAACGUCUGCUUGUUCGUGUUUGACUGCAUCUACUUCAAUGACGUCAGCCUGAUGGACAGGCCCCUGUGUGAACGGCGCAAGUUUCUGCACGAUAACAUGGUUGAAAUCCCCAACCGGAUCCUGUUCUCGGAGAUGAAGCACGUCACAAAAGCUUCAGAUCUGGCUGAUAUGAUCACCCGAGUCAUCCGGGAGGGACUGGAGGGACUGGUGUUGAAAGACAUAAAGGGGAAUUAUGAACCAGGAAAACGACACUGGCUGAAGGUGAAGAAGGAUUACCUGAAUGAGGGGGCAAUGGCUGACACUGCAGACCUGGUGGUGCUGGGAGCUUUCUACGGACAAGGCAGCAAAGGUGGGAUGAUGUCCAUCUUCCUCAUGGGCUGCUAUGACCCCAAGAGUGAGAAGUGGUGCACUGUGACCAAGUGUUCUGGUGGCCAUGAUGAUGCCACGUUGGCCCGUCUGCAAACAGAGCUGGACAUGGUGAAGAUCAGCAAGGAUCCUAGCAAAAUUCCAAGGUGGCUAAAAAUUAACAAAAUCUACUACCCAGACUUCAUUGUUCCAGAUCCAAAGAAAGCUCCAGUGUGGGAGAUCACAGGGGCUGAGUUCUCCAAGGCUGAGGCUCACACUGCAGACGGGAUCUCCAUCCGCUUCCCGCGCUGCACCCGCAUCCGCGACGACAAGGACUGGCAGACAGCCACCAACCUCCAGCAGCUCAAGGAGCUGUACCAGCUAUCCAAAGAGAAGGCUGACUUCAGUGUUGCUGCUGGAGAGGAAGAUGAGUCCACAGCUGGCAGCAGUGGAGAGAAUGAGGGAAAUUCCAGAUCUUCCACACCACACAGCACGAUUAAAACUCCCCCAAGCAAGUCACCUGCUAAAGCCCAGAAGCCAGAAGAAAGCAAAGCAGUCAUUGGAUCCCCCCAAAAACUGGAGGAGAAACGAGGGGAGAAGAGAAAAGCAUCUGAGAUGGAUGACAAUGGAAAAAAGGUGCUGCUGGACAUAUUCACUGGUGUGAAGCUCUACCUGCCCCCCUCCGUGACGGACUUUGAGAGACUCCGGCGCUACUUCAUCGCCUACGACGGGGAUCUGGUGCCCGAGUUCGACACGGCCUCGGCCACACACGUCAUCGGGGACACGGAGGAGAACCCCGGGGCCACCCGGGUCACUCCCCGCUGGAUCUGGGAGUGCAUCCGCAAGAGGAGGCUGGUGGCCCCCUGUUAGUCAGCUUGAGGCAGUUCCAUCCCUCCUGCCACGAGGAGAUCCCUGCAGGGAAAAGCUGCCAACUAGGUAGGUGUGAGGAAUGGUGAGCUUCCUUCCUUCUGGGAGAUGGGGAUAGAAAGGAAAUGGCCCAGUCCCUCAGGAGUUGGUACAAAGGUUCGUAGCGACCAUCUGGAAUGAAUUAAAACAGCUCUCUGAAGAAACCUCAGUGCUGCAUCCCUUUGUCUGCCCACCCUGUACACCACUGCACUGGCCUCCCACGUGCUGGUUUAUCCUCUUGGGGGUUUUUAAAGUUCAGGUAUUUUUAUAGAUAAAGCAAUAAAACUGAAGCAGUUUC